CAUAAUUACCUCCCAAAGGCCCAUCUCCAAAUAACUUCAGCUGCAGAGAGUUUCACAGUGUGAAGGGGCAUGGGCAGCAGGAUUCGAUCUGUACCAGACAGUGACCCCAGGGGAGGGAGAUCUGAGGAAAGGUCCACGGAAAGCUGCUGGAGAGGAAGUCUCUUGGAAUGCUUCUUUUUCCCAAGAUAAGGCAGAAGAGGCUGCUCUUGUCAGCUGGGAGACCAAAUCAGAGAGUCAAAGCCUGAUUUUUCAGGGCCUUCUGUGUUUCUCCCUUAGGAAGCAUUUCUGACCCAUCUGCUCCUAGUUAUCCAACCCCUUGCCCUCCCCAACCACUGGCACAUCCAACCAUACCUGGCACAUGGCACAAAGGGUCUUGACUAUGGCAGAGCAAGAGUAUGGAACAGACCAGCACUCCCUAAGUUGCCAGGCUGAGGAAGUCAUGGUGGUUGGGGGGCGGGUGUGGCUCUGUGAGGAGGGAGCUCGGAAAGAAAAGUUUGGGAGCUCUACUGGGGAUGGUGGAUGAGGGUGGCCCCACCCUGCUUGAGCUCCUUCACUAGAGUGCAUUUGGUUGGCUGAUGCAGAUCUGCUGUGACUGAUACUAGAUACUAUAGGAGACGCCAUUUCUACUGGCAUAAUCUGGGAACUGAUGAGGACCCCCUGGCCUGGGCCAGCUAUUUAUCCCUCUAUUCACAGUCUCCAUCUCCGCCUUGCCCUUUGGCCUGGGCUGGAAAAAUGGCUUCUCUGAGUGGGACGUCGGGGACAGGAAAGAGUAUGAGGUGGGGAGCAGGACACUGGGACCAGGCUUGCCCUUAGGCUGAGGCCUAGCAAGGCUGCAUGUGUGAGGGGGAAAAGAGUGGCUGUGGGGGUGGGUGUUUGCUUAUCUUGGGAAGUGCAGGGCUGUCUAGAGAAUAAAAGGACACAGGAAGAAGGUUGGGGGAGGGUCACAUUCAGUCUUCACCUCUUUCCCAGGCCCAGUUUUAUCUGGAUCUUGUAUGGCAGGAACACAAAGUUAACAAUGAUAAGACAAUAAGACUACAGGUAACACAUAAUAAUACUUAAAAGACAUCAUUGUAUUUAAUCCUGGCAAAAUCCUUGCAGAUAAUUGUUAUUGUCUUCAUUUGCCAUGUGGGACAACAGAUACUCUCAGAGAGAUUAAGUAACUUGGCCAGGGUUUCAGACCAGUAAGAGCUGGAGUCAGGAUCUGGACCCAGGCCCAGUGAUAACAGAGCUUGUGCCCUUAGCUACCCGCUCCACUCUGGUCUAGCCUGAACUCACCGGCAGGGGUCUGAUAGGGAUUGGGGAGAGUUGGAAACCUGGGGAAUUCUGUAGGAGGAGAGGCUGAAAGUCCCCAGUCAGGGAACUUGGAGGGGCGGUGGGGAAGGUUGGGCCUGAUGACCUCUAAGGUCCUUGCCAGCUCUCAGAUGCUUGGGUCCAUCAUAACCUUCUCUGCACAUUGCAACCAGAAAUCUAGUCUAGCUCAUGACUUCCCCAGCCUUCUCUUUUCUUAAGUAGUCUAGAAAAUUCACAGCUUGGCAUUGAAGACCCAGCAUCAUCUGGUCCUACUAGACCAUCUAAAUGUUUCUUCUACCAUCAUCUGAGGCAGAGACAUGGAAGCUGGGGUUCAGGACACUUGAUUGUGGGCAAGAGUGGAGGAAGUGAGACCACUUAGGAGUCUGGAGUGGAGGUGGUGACCAUCUGUCUAGGGACAGUGACUGUGGGCUCAGAUAUGAAAGACUGAGUUUGGACUGAGGGGAAUAUAUGAGGAAAACACAUAUAAGACUGCGAUAGAUGGGGUGUUAGGGAGGAAAAAUAGAGGACCUACCUUUUUAUGCCUGGAAUAAAGUUAAAUAGAAAAAAACUGAACUAAUAAAAAUCUUAGGACUGAGGUGGGAGAAAAUGUCAGACCCUUUUCUAAGUAUGUUACAUGAAACUCUCGCAGCGAUUUCAUUGCACUCUCUUGCUGAUAUCUCUAAGGAAGGCUAAAUACCUUUUAAGAGAAGGUGGCAGAAAGGAAAUGGGAAUUCAGGAGGUGAAGUUUUCAUGGGGGGAGAUGUUGAUGAAUCAAUAUUUGGAAAUGAUUGGCGAAGGAGAAAUUCUGUAAACAUGUGAACUUCUCUCUAAGGCCUGUGACUCUUUAUGUUCAUCUCCCCAGAAGGCUGAUGUGACAUCACGGCAGCCAAGAGGCGAGCGGGUUCCAAGAAGGAGGCAGUGGUCCACAAGGGCAGAUGCCACUGAGGGGUCCAGACAUGUGGAUAGAGAGGUCACCAUUGGAUUUGGCCACAUGGCAUCAUUGUUUGGUCUGGACGGUGGCAGCAGGUUCCCAGCGUGGAACAGGAACGAGAGGGGAGCUCCAGCCACAGUAUGCAUGGUCUGCAGUGUUUUUAAGAAGGGCAGAUGUAAGGCAGGCAAAGGCAACUGCACGGCGGAGCAAGGCCCAGGAUGCAGGACCAGGGAUAUAUUCUAUUUCAAUAUCAGAGAUGGAUGGGGCUACAAUCACACUCAACUGGACUGCUACGAUGACUGUAAGUCCUGGAAGCUGAUUCGCGGGAACCUGAAGGUUUCGAGCUUUUGCUGUGAAGGUCAAGAUUUCUGCAAUAAAUAUAAAGGGCGGUCGCAGAAGUGGAAGCCUCGCUAACUGUUCUGCCUUUGUCGGUAUAGGUGUCCGUUCCCCCUUCCCCAUCCUUGGCCUCUCUGGUCCUCUCUCCCUCCGCACGUGCUCCUGAGGAGUGCAAAGCAUCCUCCUGUCUCUGCCCGGUUUCUCUCUUCACUCCUCUCCUGCCCACUGGUCCUGCACCCCAACACCAGGCAGGGUGGGUUCACCCUUGCGCCAUUUCACUUGUGAAUCACCCGCUCUCCUCACCUCGCAUCUCCUCCUCCCGCACAAUCACUGUGCUUCUCUGUCUGACCCGCUGCCUGGUUUCUAAUCCCACAACUCAGGAGCGACUGCCAGGUGCCCAGACAGGUGAUGGGCUCCAUUUUGCACAUCAGGAGUUGGAGGGGUCCGUGGAAAGCUCAGGAAAAUGUGUCCAACUGGCAGAUUGACAGAGAAGCCUCAAAGUGCACGAAGGUGCCAAGGCCCGAGGCAGAUGGGAUCACCAGCUUUAGGUGUUAUGCACAUUCUCUCAAACUACUGAUGGCUCAAGUUCAGAGACUCCCAGAGGUUGUCCAGGGAGGCGAGUGGGGGUGGGGCUGGGUGAAUCACAGCCAUGGGAGACCAUGGGAGAGAAAGUGGGGGAAGGCCACAGAGGCAGGUGGGGAACCAGGACAGAGGGGCGGUGCUAUCUGUUUUCUGUGACAACUUGCAGGUCACUGGCAGAGCAGGUUGAAUGGAGAAGUGGCACAGAGGCCACAUUACGGAGGGUUGAGGAAUGAAGGGACCAUGACAGGAGGACAUAGGGGGUAUCAGCCACUCUUCCAAGGAGCUUGGAAGCAACUGAGAGAGUGGAAUAGUACUUUUUUUUAAUUAAAAAAAAGUUUUUUAAAGGUUAUUUAUUUUGAGAGAGAGAGAGAGAGCAGGGGAAGGGCAGGGAGAGAGAGAGAAUCCCAGGCAGGCCCCACACUGCCAGCCCGGGAGCCCGAGAUGGGGGCUUGAACCUAGGAACCUUGGAGAUCAUGACCUGAGCUGAAAUCAAGAGUCAGAUGUUUGCCCACUGAGCCACACAGGUGCCCUGGAAUCAUAUCUUUUAUAAAACAGUGAAUCUCGUAUGUUUUUAGGCAAAGAAAGAUUUCUAUCUUCUCUAGUGUAAAAUGCCUCUGCUGCUAUUAUUAUAGGAAUAUUUGUCACCAUCUCAUUAGCUUUUCAGAGUAUAUUUUAAAACUUCUAUCACCACUUUUAUAUGUAUUUUUCCCACUCUUUUGCCCUCUCUUUUUCCCUUUAUAUUACACUUCCUCUGUCUUUAUCUCCUGCCUUCAUCCUCUUUCCCUUACCAACCAUGAUGCAAAAAUGGAGAAUAUUAUCUUGUUCAAGUCCGUAUUUAACAUAAACUUACAAUUUUCAUUCAUAAAUUAAAACAAAGAGGAACGUUUUGUUUCUCUUGUAGACACUAAUCAAAACAAAUUCAUUUUGUGUGAUUUUUACUUAGCUGAGAUUUUUUUGCACUCAGAAGAAUAUCGUUUCAAUAUCUACUUUUAUUUUCAGAAUGUCGAAUGUAAAUAUUUUUGAUGGAUUUUUUUUCCCCCUCAGAUUGAGGUGAGAUAGGAGUUAGAAGGUAUGGCUAGUUGGAUUAGCUAUUGUGGGACACAUCCUUAUCCCUAAACUCGAAAGCAUCAGGAACAACCCCAUGAGCAUCCACAGUAAUAAAACCCAACUCAAGUAUUCCAAUCUACAUUAUGCUUAUCUAGUUGGGUCCAAGUGUACUAACGAGAGCCAUGGAUGGGUCAGGGUGAGAGAGGCUGGACCAG